AAAAUGCGUGCAUUGGUUAUACAAUUAAUUUUAAAUUUAAUUUUACCGCUUAAUUCCAAAAUAUCAAAUUUUCCAUACGCGCCUAUCGGAAUCAGCCUUAGGCUGGAUCCUCAUACAGAGGCCAGUGUUCGGACACAGAAUUUUGGUUGGUGGAUAAUGACAAUAUCUCUCCUACCGUCGGUAUCCAUCAAUGAAAGUACUGCGCUCAAGUGUCAGCGCUUGUAUAAGGAUCAAGCCCAAGGUGUUAUGCAAUCAAGUGCCAGUUUUGAGAACACAUAACUAUAGAUUGGCGGGGAAAGACGAUACUGCAUAAUGAAGUACGUCAUAACGUAUUUCUGAGAACGUGCACACGCUUUGUCAGAUUUCGCGGUAUUUCAUUCAGGAUUUUGUUGUAAGGAAGUUUCUUAUUUACAAGGGCUAAAUUAUGGGUGACGACAAUUUACCGUAUCACGUUGAAUAUUCGAAAAGUGGACGUGCUUCUUGCAAAGCUUGCAAAAAGACAAUCGAGAAAGAUGUCUUAAGACUCGCAACAGUCGUACAGAGUCCAGUCUUUGAUGGAAAAAUGAUGAAAUGGUAUCAUGCUGAUUGCUUUUUCACAAAGCAGCGGCCUAAAUCAAUUGCAGAUAUUGGACAUUUUGAUAGUAUUCGUUGGGAAGAUCAAGAAUUAAUAAAGAAAAAAAUUGAGGAAUCCAUCAAUCUGCCAAUUGGUAAAGGUAAAAAAAGAGGUGCAAGUAAUGCUCCUGCAUCUGAUGGUUUAUUUAGAAUUGAAUAUGCUAAAUCAAGCAGAUCUACAUGCUGUGGUUGUCAAGAGAAAAUAGUUAAAAGUGAAAUGAGAAUUUCACGAAAAGAUUUUGAGAGUGAAGAUGCUCGACAAUAUGGUGGUAUUGAUCGAUGGUAUCAUCUUGAAUGUUUUGCAAAAUUGAGAGAUGAACUUCAGUUUUUUGUAUCUGGUAAUACAUUGCCAGGUACAGAUUCUUUGAGCAAGGAAGAUCAAGGAACACUAAUUAAAACUUUACCAAAGAUCAAAGGAGAAAAUAUCCCUCCUUCAGUUAAGAAAAUUAAGAAUGAACCGGAUGAUGAAGAAGAAGAAAAAUUGCUAAAGGAACAAAAUGUUAAGAUAUUUAAAAUGAGAGAUGAGCUAUCGAAACUUAACAAAGAUAAUCUUAUUAUGUUGUUACAAGAGAAUCAUCAGGGUAUUCCUGAAGGUAUUUCGAAUAUGUUGGAUAAUUUAUCAGAUAUGAUGGUUUUUGGUAGUCUUAAACCAUGUUCAAAAUGUAAAGGUCAACUUGUUUAUCAAUAUGGUGUUGGCUACAAGUGUACUGGUAAUGUAACAGAAUGGGCAGCAUGCGAUUAUGUAACUACAGAACCUGCAAGAACGAAAGUCAAGAUACCUGCUCAUCUGAAGAACGAUAAUCCUUUCUUCAAGAAAUACAAAAAUAAAAUCAGCAAGAGGUUCAUGAAAGUAAUAGUACCGUCGACGUCUGAAGCUGUUAAGAAGGAGGAAACAGAUAGUGGGCCAAAAGUUGAAGCAAAACCUAGGCCAUUGAAGAAUAUGUCAUUCGUUCUUUCCGGUAAUCUGAAAACGGACAAAAAAUCUUUGACGCGAGAAAUUUCCCUGCUGGGUGGUACAGUUGUUACCAAGAUUCAUGAAAAUUUGGCUGCAGUCAUUUCGACGCCCGAGGAAGUAGCUAAAAUGGAUAAAAAGAUGGAAAAAAUAAAAGCUCUCGACAUUCAGGUUGUAUCAGAAGAUUUCGUUACCGAAGCAAAAGAUUAUACAACUGCACCUAUUAUGUUAAUUAAUAAAAAGAACAUAAGUAGUUGGGGUGGCGAUCCGGCCAGUAGAAUUCCUCAAAAUGUGGAAAAAUCGAAGUCCAGUGGUAAGAGUAGAUAUGAAAAGUCAUCCUCUGGUAAAGUAAAAUUGCGUGUAAAGGGCGGUGGAGCAGUCGACCCAGAAAGUGGAUUAGAAGACCAAGCUCACGUCUAUCAAAGAAAAAAUGAGAAUUUCACAGUUACUCUUGGUAUUACCGAUAUCCAAUCAAAGAAAAACAGCUAUUAUAAAUUGCAGAUUCUAAAACAUGACGCACAAAACAAGUACUGGCUGUUUAGAAACUGGGGAAGAAUUGGCACCACUAUUGGCGGUAAAAAAUUAGAAGUACUUCCUCUGGACAAAUGCAUUGAUACGUUUAAAAAUCUUUACUUUGAAAAAACUGAUAACUUAUGGGAAGAUAGGAAUAACUUUCAAAAGAAACCUAAAAAAAUGUAUCCAAUAGAUAUGGAUCAUGGACUAGAGGACGACGACAAAAAUUUAUUGGAUUCUAACAUUAAGAGCAACUUAAAGCAACCUGUGCAAGAUUUAUUAAGAUUGAUAUUCGACGUUAAUUUGAUGAAAAAAGUCAUGCGGGAAUUUGAAAUUGAUUCGGAGAAGAUGCCUCUCGGAAAGCUGUCAAAGAAACAAAUUGAGAAGGCAUAUUCGGUGCUCACAGAAUUACAAACAUUAAUAAAGUCUGGUAAUCCGGAACGUCUUAAAUUAAUAGAUGCUUCAAACCAAUUUUAUACUUUGAUACCUCAUGAUUUCGGUGUAUCUGAGCCAAUAAUAUUGGACACUGAGGGAGAAAUACUUACCAAGACCCAAAUGUUGGAAUCACUUCUCGAAAUUGAAAUUGCAUACAAUUUACUACAUACAAAGACUGACGAGUCAAAGAAUCCUUUAGAUGCUCAUUAUGAGCAGCUUAAUACUGAUAUUGAUGUCUUAGAUAAAUCAAGUGAAGAAUUUAAGAUCAUCCAGGAAUAUGUGAAAAAUACACAUGCGGCUACACAUACUCAAUAUAACCUGGAGGUAGAAGACGUCUUUGUGAUCAAGAGGCACGGAGAGGAUCAGAGAUUUAAGCCAUUCAAAAAAUUACACAACAGAAAAUUGCUUUGGCACGGAUCGAGAACUACUAAUUUUGCAGGAAUAUUGUCACAGGGUCUUCGAAUUGCUCCACCAGAAGCACCAGUUACAGGUUACAUGUUUGGCAAGGGUAUCUACUUCGCAGAUAUGGUAUCAAAGUCAGCAAACUAUUGUUGUACGGAUAGAAACAACCCAACAGGUCUGAUGUUGCUGUGCGAAGUAGCUCUGGGCAAUAUGUACGAACGUCAUGAAUCUGAUUAUAUAGAAAAAUUACCUAAAGGAAAACAUUCCACUCUGGGUCUUGGUCAGACACAGCCAGAUCCAACAAAGGUUUACAAGACGAAGGAUGGUGUAGUAAUUCCAUAUGGUCCAGGUAUACCGGUCAAACGGGAGAAAAAGUCUCAUCUAUUAUAUAACGAAUAUAUUGUUUAUGAUGUUGCUCAAGUUAAAGCAAAGUAUCUAUUGAAGAUGAAAUUCAAAUAUAACGUAUAAACGGUUAUCAAGUUAUAUGUACACAAUUAUAUGUAUAUUAGCGUGUGACGCGUAAUAUAUACGACGCGCGGAACUAUAUUUUUCCAUCGCAUUAUUUCAUAUAGUGAAAAACGACAUGCUCAUUCCACAGAGAAAUUUGUAAUUCUCGUUACAUCAUUACCAGUUACUAUUACAUUAUUGUCAGUAAAAUAACUAUUUAAAAUGUAAUGUUACGUUUAUAAUAUAUCAUCAUCCUGUUCUACUAUUAUGUACCUUAAUAUUUUUGAUUAUUAAAGAACAUUUGAUAGUAACAAAAUUGUACUGCUUAUCGUUUACAGACUGAAUGAUAACGAUUACAAUGAAAUCUAGAUUUGAUGAAUAAUAAAGGCAAAUAAAGUAUA